AUGGCCAGAGGAUUUACAAAUGGUGAUAUCUUUGGUCCUAUUAAAGCAGCCUUGUAUACAAUAGAGUUUCAAAAGAGAGGUCUCCCCCAUGCUCAUAUCAUUCUAUUUCUGGCAACUGAGACCAUGCUUGAUACACCCCAAGAUAUUGACCGAUUCAUAAGUGCUGAGAUACCUAAUAAGGAUGAAGAACCAGAGCUUUAUGAGGCAGUUAACAUUUACAUGAUGCACGGACCUUGUAGCGUAGCUAAUCCUAAAUCCCCAUGUAUGGUGAAUGGAAGCUGUUCAAAAUUUUAUCCAAAAUCAUUCAAUUCUAGCACCAUUAUCCAUGAAGAUGGCUACCCGCGUUAUAGAAGACUAGAUAAUGGCCAAGAAGUAAUGAAAAAUGGAAUACCAUUGGACAAUAGAAGUGUCAUACCUUACAACAGCACAUUAUUAUUAAAGUAUCAGGCACAUAUUAAUGUUGAGCGAACCAAGCAUGGAGAGUCAAUCAAAUAUUUAUUCAAAUAUGUGAGCAAAGGACAUGAUCGAGCUAUUGCAGCUUUCUAUACAGAGACGUCUUCAAGUGAUUCUAGAGCAAACCAUGAUGAGAUAAAGAUGUAUUAUGAUGUCCGCUAUUUAUCACCAUGUGAAGCUAUUUGGAGAAUACUUAGUUAUGAUAUAAACUUUAGAACACCUUCAGUACAAAGGCUGUCUUUUCAUCUCCCUAAUCAGCAAUCAAUUAUCUAUGAAGAUAACGCUGACUUACAAGAGGUGGUAAAUCAUAAUGCUGGAAAACUCACAAUGUUUGAAGCAUGGAUGAAUGCAAAUAAAUUAUAUGGGGAAGCACGAAGAUUAACAUACUUUGAAUUUCCAAACAACUUUGUGUACAAAAAAAAUGGUAAUUACUGGGACUUCAGGAAAUCGGGGUUUGCAAUAGGGAGAUUGUACUAUGUGCCUCCUGGGUCUGGAGAGAUCUAUUAUUUGCGUUUACUGCUAGCUACAGUCAGAGGUCCUACAUCAUAUGAAGAUUUAAGGACCGUUGAUAGCAUUUUCUAUCCAACAUUUAGAGAUGCAUGCUAUGCAUUGGGCCUAUUGGAGGAUGACAGAGAAUAUAUUGAUGCUAUGAAAGAAGCAAAUCAAUGGGCUUGGCUUCUCCAAGUUAUCUUCGUCGAUUAUCCAUCCAUGCCUUUACCAGAAGAUUGUUCUGAUAGAAGUACAAUAAAUAGAUUGAUUUUGGCUGAGUUGGACUUUGAUAGAGUUGCUCUUCAACAUCAACUGCAUGAAUAUCUCAAUAGUUUCACUGAUGAACAAGCCACAAUAUUCAAUUCUAUCAUGAAUGCUGUUAAUACGGGUUAUGGUGGUGUCUUUUUUGUUUAUGGUUAUGGGGGGACAGGUAAAACAUACUUAUGGCAAGCAUUGUGUGCGUCACUGAGAUCAGAAGGAAAGAUAGUCUUGAGUGUUGCUUCCAGAGGAAUUGCCUCACUAUUACUACCCAAUGGAAAAACUGCACAUUCACAAUUUGCCAUUCCCCUUGCAAUAACUGAGGAUUCGGUUUGUAAUAUACAUCAGGGAUCACCUCUUGCUGAGCUUUUGAUAGAAACCACCAUGAUAAUAUGGGACGAAGCUCUUAUGGCAAACAAGUACUAUUUUGAGGCAUUGGAUAGAACACUGCGAGACAUAAUGAAGCUUCCAAACCCCAAUGCUAUAAAUCAAGUGUUUGGGGGAAAGACAAUUGUCCUUGGUGGUAAUUCGUCACAGUGUUCUAAGGAAAUAGCUGAGUUUGCACGCUGGAUUGUGUCAGUUGGUGAUGGUGAAAUAGAUGUAGAAGAUGGCACUAAUGAUACCAUUACUAUUCCAGAAGAUUUGUUACUAUUCCCCUCAAGUGAUGCAAUGGAUUGCAUUAUUGGGGAUGAAGUUGUGUAUCUUAGUGCAGAUAGUGUUUCUAAGCAAGAUGGUAUUAGUGCCUCCAUUGCACAAAUGCACUCAGUUGAGUUCUUGAACAAAAUCACCAUGUUUGGUUUGCCAAAUCACAAAUUGGUCUUGAAGAUUGGAUCUCCUAUAAUGAUGAUGAGGAAUUUAGAUAAAUCAAUAGGAUUAUGUAAUGGAACCCGUUUGGUUGUCACAAGAUUAGAGAAACAUGUGAUUGGAGCAGAGAUUAUCACAGGGAUUGGUACAGGCCAAGAAGUCUUAAUUCCACGCAUUACUAUUACACCAUCAGAAACUUCAUUACCAUUUGCAUUGUGUAGAAGCCAGUUUCCAAUCAUGCUCUCUUUUGCCAUGACAAUAAACAAAAGUCAGGGUCAAACUUUAACAAAUGUUGGCUUAUUUCUACCUUGUCUUGUUUUCACACGUGGUCAGUUGUAUGUUGCUAUCUCUAGAGUUCAAAAUAAGCAGGGUCUCAAAAUACUGAUUCUUGAUGAUCAAGGAAACCCCACCAACAAGACUUCCAAUAGAGACCCCACCACUGGACAGCCUGCCCCCCCAGAUCAGGUUUGGGAGAUAACACAUACUAGGAAGACUGCAGAUGGCCAGUUACAGUGGGUGGAUUCGCGAUCUGAAGAGAUUCAUGAUCGCAUGCAUGAGCUCGUUCAGCAGCAAUCCUUAGAGAGUGAUGCUCGAAUAACCUCUGAUGAGAUAUUGACAGCUGUUCUUGGUGAGAGGUCAGGAUAUGUUAGAGGAAAAGGUUAUGGAGCAGAGCCUCGGAGGAAGAGACUUCACACUCAAUCUAGUGAUUCACUUGAGAAUGUACGCACCCAAUUGUAUGAAGAGUUUGAAAGAAGAUUUCAAGAGGAGCGAGAAAAGAUGGAAGCAAAUCUUGCUGCAGAGCGAGAGAGGAUGGAAGCAGAACGUGCAGCAGAGCGAGAAAAGAUAGAAGCAGAACGUGCUGCAGAGCGAGCAAAGAUGGAAGCAGAGUGUACGCAACUUGAACAAAGGAUGGAGCAGUUGAUGGAACAGAGAAUACAAGCUCAGUUCACUGCUUUCAUGCAAAAGAUGCAGUUAAAUGCUCCUGCAGAUACCCCUACUUCUAGCGUCCCUAAUAUUGAUCCCUCUACGUAA